GCACCAACUAGAUCAGAACCAUUACAAUCAAUCAUUCUCAUCGGCAUUAUGAAGAAGUGGGGAGUUGAUACAGUUGGACCAUUACCUCGUACACAGAGUGGAAACGAAUAUUCAGUCGUUGCAGUCGAUUAUCUUACCAAAUGGCCUGAAGCGAGAAUUCAAAAGGCAAAGUACUCAAGAAAGCUUAUUCGGGCGAUAAGCUUAGACGAUAUCAAAUACGACAUAGAUGGGGAACCACUAGUCGUAAUUGAUCAGAUUGAAGACAUCCAUAAAGGAGACGAAUUUUCUCGGCUAGUAGAUACGAGUGAGGAGGAUAAUUAA